CUGAAACUGACAGGGACAUCGUACAGGAAAUUAACCAGCCCCGGUCAUCGCUGGGACAAAAACAGCUGGCAGAAGCGGGAGGACGGCAGUGCAAACAUCUGGAACCUGCUCUGGGCGACAAGGCAUCCCACAAUAAUAGUGACAGAAGGAGGAGGCCUUUAAUAUUGAACCCCACAGGAGUGGGGGAAGACCAAGAAAUGCUUGUAAGCAUGGCUGAUGGAGAAGUAGAACAACUGCAUCCUCAAGCUUAAUCGGGCUUCAGUGAAUUCGCCAUGAAUGGUGAUUCUGAAAGUCCGGAUUCUCUACUACUACACGUUCCAGACUGGAAGGAGUUCUGUGAAGUGCAGGCACGAGCUGCAGCGGCUGAAUUUGCCCAGAAAUUCCGGAUAUUUAUAAGUGAGAAUCCCCACUACGAGUGCCCAGGGAUAGAGACCACUUUCUCACAACACUUUGCCUCCCAUUUUGUGGAAUACUUUGCCUCGGAGGUGAACAGGACAUAUCUGUCCGACUCCCCGAUCAAAUAUAACGUUGCUCCAUUUUCGGACAUCCAGAACUGCCAGCUGCCUUAUGGCAAAGAAAUCCUCCAGAGGAAAGUAAACUCAGAUUCCCUUGAGAGUAUAGACAGCACGUUGAACUCCAGCAGGUACCUGAGGCAGGCGCAGGUCUGGGACAUGUCGAACUUUGGCCAUUCCAGGAGCUCGGAGGAUGUUUCUGUCACUGCUUCUGGCAGGUCAAAGUUUAAGAAAGGGUUUUCUCUGCGGAACAUGAGCGUAUGUAUGGUCGAUGGAAUGAAGGAGAUUUUACAGUGGCGCUCCUCUGCCGAGCCACUGCUGGAUGUUGGCCAGGGUAAAAGGCCUGUGAGUCAAGAAUCCUCGGGGAGUAAAUCGGAAAGUGAGGUCCGGGACAAAUGGAGUCACAAACUGGAGCGUUUGCGCUUGACCCGAUCCUCCUCUGCCAAAGUGGAACUGCUGGAUAUACAAAGAGAAGGCACUUUGAGGUACAUGGUAGCCGAUGACUCUAACUCGGUGAGCAGUACACAGUGGGAGAAGUGUCGGCUGUUGUUACGAAAAGCGGUCAGGCUGGAGGGAGAACGCUUCCUCUUGGAGUUUUAUGUACCACCAAAGAGUACGAAGCCCAGAGUCAGCAUCCCACUGUCUGCAAUCGUCAAGGUCAGGACCACAAUGCCACUAGAAAUGCCUGAUAAGGACAACACGUUUGUGCUAAAGGUGGAGAAUGGUGCGGAGUACAUCCUGGAAACAAUUGACUCCUUACAGAAACACUCCUGGGUGGCUGACAUUCAGGACUGCAUGGAUCCUGGUGACAGUGAAGAGGAGUUGGAGCUGACUUGUUCACAUGCAGUGAGCAUGCCCAGUAGAGAAUUACCUGCAAUUCCUCCUUGCAGUUGUGAUUUUCUACCAGAUGGUGUCACCCAAAUGCCUGAAAAGGUGUGUGCGAACCCAGAUGCUGCUGUCACUGUCUCACACGUCAGACUGAAGGAAUCCCAGGUGCCGGAACUUCUCGCACACGUCCCUUUGGAAAAUUUCCUGCAGGCUUUACAUUCAGAAGCUCUGAGCAGCACAUCGUCUACUGAUGAAGAGGAUCGGAUAGAUGCUGAACUUCAGCUGGCCAAUUACCCCUGGUUCCAUGGGACACUGUCACGGGUAAAAGCUGCCCAACUGGUUCUGGCUGGAGGCUCCAGGAGUCACGGUCUGUUCGUCAUUCGCCAGAGUGAGACACGACCAGGGGAAUAUGUGCUGACCUUCAACUUUCAGGGCAAGGCAAAGCACCUACGCCUGUCUCUGAAUGAAACUGGUCAGUGCCAUGUUCAGCAUCUCUGGUUUCAGACCAUCCUGGAUAUGCUAAAACAUUUUCAUACUCAUCCUAUCCCCCUGGAGUCCGGAGGUUCUGCUGAUAUCACUCUCCGUAGCUACGUGCUGGUCACAAAACCCACCCCAGGCCCAGAGAUGAAUCCUUCACACAAUGCCAUGCUUCCAGUUGCCCCUACACAGUCGAACUGCAGAAGUGAUGCCCAUCAAUCACAACACUACUUUGCCAACUCUGUAGCUGGCAGCCCUUAUUCUGCUGCCCAGGUUGAAGGGACAUCAGCCAAUGCCCAUCCCAGAUCAGAGGCUACCAUCUCUGUUCGUACCAAUAACUCUGAACGUCUACUACAGCCUCAAACAUCGACAUCAGAGGACUACCAUGACAGUGAUGGAUCGAGGAAUCGAUCGCGAGCUGUAGAAAAUCAAUAUUCCUUCUACUAAAAUCAGGAAACACAAUGUAGCACACCUAGGGGAUUGCCUUUACAGAAAUAGGGACACUUUACAAAAUGCGUCUGCUCAUCAAGAGGUGAGAAAAAUACAAGUCAGGGUAAAUAAACUAUUCCUAUCAUUUGACAGUCUAGUAGUGAAAAUAGAAAUUACUACAGAAUAAGGGUUUAAUGUGAAUUAUCGGGUGUUUGAUGCCAUUUUUGGUUCAGGGCAAUUGGCAAAGGCUGAUUUUGCUAGUUAAUUAUCGUCUUUCUAUAUAUUUGUAUCUGCACUUUUCAAUAUUACUGUAACAAAAGAAUUUCAAUGGACUGUGCACAGACUAUGAGUUAACAAUGAAUUGUCUUACUCAUUUUAUCACCUGUAGUGUUGCUGUUUAUAGUGAGCCUGCUGUUAUAAUCAGAUAAAGAUUUAGCUUGUCUGAUACUCCUUUGUCCUGUUAUCUUUAGCAGUGGGGUGCUGACUGAUUUUUAAACUGAGCAGUUUCCUCAAGGUCUGAAUGUGGUUUGAGCAGUUGGAUGCUGCUGCUGAAAUCUGAUGAGAAAUGAAUUUGUUCAAGUGUAGAGAAGCUGUAAAAUGUUGAUUUGCUGCUGUGUCUCAGUAGCUCCAACAUUUAGCGUUCCAGUUCUCCAAAGAAGAGGCACCAGGGUCCGUGCUGCCAUUAUUAAGCAGAACAUUUGAGUAAAUCUUGCUGGUACCAACUCCAGGAUGUUUGAUCUCUGUGUUCCAUUUUAGGAGAUAAUGUUACCAUUGUCUGAAUAGUCAUGAUUCAUCUUGUUUAAUGAGGGAGUGAUGUUGGUGAGAGUUGUGAAAAAUUUGCACAGUCCAGUCUCCCAUACUGGACAUCUCACAGACGAGUUGGAAAUAUCACUGAAUCAAAGAGCCAGAAAGCAAAAACUGAUACAGUGAAACCUUUAAAGACUAUUCAUUGCAAGUAUUGUAAACUAACAAAUAUUUCAUUCAGGCUCCAUUUGUACUCGUGAUACUGAUUUGCAAUUUUGAGAAUUUUAUGAAAAAUAAUGAACCAUGAUUUUUACUGUCUCAAAGAUUCCAUAAAACAUGUUUUGUGAACCCAACAAAUAACGUGUAUUGUGUUGAGUCAAUCAAGGAUUAGAAUUGUAUAAGAGAGUUUACUUUGUAUUAUUAACAAAUACAAUGUGAAUAACAGCACCCAAAAAAUAACAAUGCAAUCAGAUAAUUAACAUGAACUUCAGUACAGGACAGUGAGAACCUACGAGGGCUUGGAGUUCUCACAGCUGUCAAUUCAUUUUCUUUUCCCGGUGUGAUUCUCCUGAAAUUGGCCAAACCAGUGCAAAUGAUCCAGAAAUUUCGAGCAAAGAUUGCCUUCAGCACAAACUGAUAUCCUGCAAUUGUUUGUGCUGGUUUAAAAAGCAAAGCAUUGGAAUCUAGUCCCCUCUCCAAAACCAGCUGUGACCUUAGACAAAAUUAAUCACCUGAGUGAUCUCUGCUUGUUCUGUCCUCUCUUUUCAGGCUUUUGACGAUGCUUUUAAAAUGAAGGUGAUAUUCUUAGGUGU